UUCAGCUGUGAGCUGGAAAGGCUGCAGAGAAAAUUUCCUCUAUGAAAGUAAUCAACACAAGUAUGUUUGCUGCCUGGACAUUUGAAUUUGCAACCCAUCCUUUCUGUGUAGCUUUGGUUCCUACCGUAGUCCCCAGUACACAGCGGCCCUUGACAGGGUGUAGAAUAAUUGUCACAGUACACGUGUGAUAAGUUAUGUAAAAUCCACUUCUGAUCCGGUGGAGGAUCCCCGCCCAGUCUCCUCGCACAGCUGCUUUCGCGAGGGUAAUCAGAAUUAAUACACUCAGGUUUCCCCAAGAAUAAGAGUCCAUGGGGUUCCCAGGCUACGCCGGCUUCGGGGGGCAUCCCCUGAGGGUCGCCUCUGCCUGAAACCCAGCUGCACUUGGCAAGAGCGCCGCGUCGCCGCGGGUUCCGAUUGGUAUUCCACCUGCUGCCAAAGCCGGCGGGCUACGUGGAAGUUGACCUUGCCCUGGGGCAGGAGGCUGCGGCCACGGCGGCCGCACGCAGUCCUCCACGAUCCCAUGUUCCCCGGCGCCCAGGACACGUCCGGCGGCUCUGAAGGGCCUUUCUACGCUAUCACGGCGCCUCUCUAUGAUCCAUAGACGCGUUCCUAGUGGGUGUCAUGGCGGCCGGCGUCGAGUUGGCAGGAGUUGCCCACGGAACUAGGGAAAGUCACUGAACCAGAAGAAGUGGCCUAAUCCGGAUGGUGGGAAGUCGUGAGAAUGAGCGGAGGCCCACGGGGGUGACUGUGUCACUGGAGGCAGGCCCCUGGUAAAGUCUCAGGCCAGGCCUUUGCGUUUCUAAUCAGAGCCCGGCGGUUGGUGGGAGCCCCCGAAACCGGCGUGGACUGGGAUCCAUUCCCCAGUCGUGUUAUCGAUUCCUGAGUGUUGUGAUUUGGACAGUCCUGCGGAGGCAGCGGUUCGAGGACAUUUGGCAGAGUAGUCCGACGACGCUGGCUGCUUUUCUCGGAGCAGAGCGGACCUUCUCUAACCCGCAGCGAUGUCGUCCUGGCUUGGGGGCCUCGGCUCCGGCUUGGGCCAGUCCCUGGGUCAGGUCGGGGGCAGCCUGGCUUCCCUCACUGGCCAGAUUUCAAACUUUACGAAGGAUAUGCUGAUGGAGGGCACGGAGGAAGUGGAAGCAGAUUUACCUAAUGCUAGGAGAAAGGAAGUUGAAGCCAUUCAUACAAUCUUAAGAUCAGAGAAUGAGAGACUCAAAAAACUUUGUGCUGAUCUGGAAGAGAAGCAUGAGGCAUCAGAGCUUCAAAUAAAGCAGCAAUCCAUGAAUUACCGACAUCAACUACAACAGAAAGAGGUAGAAAUCAGCCAUCUUAAAGCAAGACAGAUUGCGCUGCAGGAUCAGUUGCUGAAGCUUCAGUCCGCUGCUCAGUCAGUGAGUUCAGGAGCUGGUGCUGUACCAGCAACCACUGCAUCUUCGUCGUUUGGUUAUGGUUUAAGUCAUCAUGCUUCAGGUUUCCAUGAUGAUGACAUGGAUUUCGGCGACAUCAUUUCAUCACAGCGAGAAAUAAAUAGAUUGUCAAAUGAAGUUUCAAGACUUGAGUCUGAAGUUGGCCAUUGGAGGCAUAUUGCUCAGACUUCUAAAGCACAAGGAUCAGAUAGCUCUGAUCAAAGUGAUAUCUGCAAACUGCAAAAUAUCAUUAAGGAACUUAAACAGAAUCGAAGUCAGGAAAUUGAUAACCAUCAACAUGAAAUGUCAGUGUUGCAGAAUGCACAUCAGCAGAAAUUGACAGAAAUAACUCGUCGACAUCGAGAAGAAUUAAGGGACUAUGAAGAUCGGAUUGAAGAACUGGAAAAUCUAUUACAACAAGGUGGCCCAGGAAUUGCAGGAACUGAUCACUCUAAAACCCAAGAGAUGCAAAAAACUAUUCAAGUUCUACAGGCUGAAAAAGUAGAGUCUACAAAAAGAAUUGAAGAACUUGAGAAUAAAAUAAAAGACAUAAGUAAAAAACUAUCUUCUGCAGAAAAUGACAGAGAUGUUUUGAGGAGGGAACAAGACAGACUAAAUGUGGAAAACAGACAAAUACUUGAAGAAUGUGAAAGUUUGAAACUGGAAUGUAGUAAAUUACAGCCUUAUUCUGAGAAGCAGAGUGACACGAUGACAGAAAAGGAAAGAAUUCCGCAGAGUUUAUCAGUAGAAGAAGUGUUCAGACUGCAGCAAGCACUGUCUGAUGCUGAAAAUGAAAUAAAGAGACUGAGUAAUUUAAACCAGGAUAAUAAUCUUGCUGAAGACAAUCUGAAACUUAAAAUGCAUGUCCAGGUUUUAGAAAAAGAGAAUUCAUUAUUAAAUCAAGAAAAGGAAGAACUUCACAUGUCACUUUCAAAACUGAACAAUGAGUAUGAAGUAGUUAAAAGUACAGCUGCAAGGGAUGUGGAUUUGGAUUCAGAAUUAUGUGAUUUAAGACGAAAUUUGGAGGCAAAGGAACAAGAACUCAAUCAGAGCAUUACUGAAAAGGAAAUACUAAUAGCUGAGUUAGAAGAAUUGGAUAAACAAAACCAAGAGGCUACAAAGCACAUGAUUUUGAUCAAAGAUCAACUAUCAAAACAACAAAACGAGGGAGAUAAUAUCAUCAGUAAACUGAAAAAAGAUCUAAAUGAUGAAAAAACAAGAGUUCAUCAGCUUGAAGAUGAUAAAAUGAACAUUACUAGAGAGUUAGAUGUGCAAAAAGAAAAGUUAAUUCAAAGUGAACUGGUACUAAAUGAUUUACAUUUAAGCAAGCAGAAGCUUGAGGAUAAAGUAGAUGAUUUAGUAGACCAGCUAAAUAAAUCACACACACAAAAUUUAAGUAUCCAGAAGGAGAACUUUGAACUUCAGAAACAUAUUAAACAAAAGGAGGAGGAGCUUUCUAGAGUCAGGGAUGAGUUAACGCAGUCUCUUAAUCAAGACUCUGACAGUAAUUUUAAGGAUAACUUACUUAAAGAAAGGGAAGCUGAAGUCAGAAACUUAAAGCAAAAUCUUUCAGAAGUAGAACGCCUCAAUGAAAAUUUAAAGGAAGUUGCUUUUGAUCUCAAAGUGGAAAAUGAAAAGUUGAAUUUAGCAUGUGAAGAUGUUAGACAUCAGUUGGAAGAGUCUCUUGCAGGUAACAGUCUGAUUGCUGUGGAAAAAAAUGCCAUUGUGGAGGCUCUAAAGCUGGAGAAAGAACAAUUAGAAGCAGAAUUGUGCCAGGCUGGAAAGAGGUUGUUGGAAGAAGCAAGCAGGUAUGAGCAAACCAUUGAAGAACUGUCCCAUGCACGUCAUUCGAGCACCUCUGCGUUACAGUUAGACCAUGAACGUUUAAUUAAACUCAAUCAAGAGAAGGACUUUGAAAUAGCAGAACUCAAAAAGAAUAUUGAGCAGAUGGCAACUGAUCAUAAGGAAACUAAGAAAAUUUUGUCAUCUAGUUUAGAAGAGCAGAAGCAUUUGACCCAACUUGUAAAUGAGAAAGAAGUUUUUAUUGAAAAGCUUAAAGAAAGAAGUUCAGAGCUUCAGGACGAAUUAAAUAAAUAUACUCAGGCCCUAAGAAAAAAUGAAAUUUUAAGGCAAACCAUAGAGGAAAAAGACAGAAAUCUUGGCUCCAUGAAAGAAGAAAACAGUCAUCUGAAAGAAGAGCUGGAACGCCUCAGGGAACAGCAGAGCCGAGCUGCACCUGUGGCUGAACCAAAAGCCCUCGAUAGUAUUACAGAGCUAGAAUCUGAGAUAAAUCAGCUGAAUAUAGUAAAGGAUAAUCUUGAAGAGGAAAUAAAGCACCAUCAAAAGAUAAUUGAAGAUCAAAACCAGAGUAAAAUACAACUGCUUCAAUCUUUACAGGAGCAGAAGAAAGAAAUGGAUGAGUUUAGAUACCAGCAUGAGCAAAUGAACACCACACACACCCAGCUCUUUUUAGAGAAAGAUGAGCAAAUUAAGAAUUUGCAAAAGACAAUUGAACAAAUCAAAACCCAGUUGCAUGAAGAAAGACCGGACGUUCAAACAGAGAAUUCUGAUAUUUUUCAAGAAACAAAAGUUCAAGGCCUUAAUAUAGAAAAUGGAAGUGAGAAGCACGAUUUAUCCAAAGCUGAAACUGAAAGAUUAGUGAAAGGAAUAAAAGAACGAGAGUUGGAGAUUAAACUUCUAAAUGAAAAGAAUAUAUCUCUAACUAAACAGAUUGAUCAGCUGUCCAAAGAUGAGGUUGGUAAACUAACUCAGAUUAUCCAGCAGAAAGAUUUGGAGAUACAAGCUCUUCAUGCUCGGAUUUCUUCCACUUCCUACACCCAGGAUGUCGUUUACCUUCAACAGCAGCUGCAGGCCUAUGCUAUGGAGCGAGAGCAGGUGCUGGCUGUUUUGAGUGAGAAGACUAGGGAGAAUAGUCAUCUCAAAACAGAAUACCACAAGAUGAUGGAUAUAGUGGCUGCCAAGGAGGCAGCCCUCAAUAAGCUGCAAGAUGAAAACAAAAAACUGUUUACAAGAUUUGAAAGUAGUGGCCAAGAUAUGUUUAAAGAAACCAUUCAGAAUUUAUCCCGUAUCAUUCGAGAAAAAGACAUUGAAAUCGACGCAUUAAGUCAAAAAUGUCAGACCUUAUUGACAGUUUUACAAGCAUCCAACAGUGGAAAUGAGGUUGGAGGUGUUAAUAGUAAUCAGUUUGAGGAGCUCCUACAGGAACGAGAUAAGCUGAAACAACAGGUCAAGAAAAUGGAAGAGUGGAAACAGCAGGUAAUGACCACGGUACAGAAUAUGCAGCACGAGUCUGCCCAGCUCCAGGAGGAGCUUCAUCAGCUUCAGGCGCAGGUUUUGGUGGACAGCAAUAACAGCUCUAAGUUACAAGUGGACUACACUGGCCUGAUCCAGAGCUAUGAGCAGAAUGAAACCAAGCUCAAAAAUUUUGGUCAGGAAUUAGCACAAGUUCAGCAUAGCAUAGGGCAGCUUUGCAAUACCAAAGAUCUUCUUUUAGGAAAACUUGAUAUUAUUUCACCGCAGCUCUCCCCUGAAUCAUCGACUGCUUCUCAGACAGCAGAGUCUCUGAGAACAAUUAAGUCUGAUGUGUCGAAUGAGUCUUCUAAACAAGAGAUAGAAGAGCUAAGAAGAUCCCUGCAGGAAAAAGAUGCGACAAUUAGAACUCUCCAGGAAAAUAAUCACCGAUUGUCUGAUUCGAUUGCUGCUUCCUCAGAGCUAGAGAGAAAAGAGCAUGAACAGACUGAUUCAGAAAUUAAGCUGCUGAAGGAGAAACAGGAGAGCUUACAAAAGUCACUGAAGGAAAAAGACCUCUUGAUCAAAGCCAAAAGUGAUCAGUUACUUUCUUUGAAUGAAAAUUUCACCAACAAAGUGAAUGAAAAUGAGCUUUUGAGGCAAGCAGUAACGAACCUGAAGGAGAGAACAUUAAUUUUAGAAAUGGAUAUUUGUAAACUAAAGGGGGAAAAUGAAAAAAUAGUAGAAACAUCCAGGGGAAAGGAAACAGAGUAUCAAGCAUUACAGGAGACUAAUAUGAAGUUUUCUAUGAUGCUGAGAGAAAAAGAAUUUGAGUGCCAUUCAUUGAAGGAGAAGGCUGUAGCUUUUGAGCAACUACUGAAAGAAAAAGAGCAGGGCAAGACUGGGGAGUUAAAUCAGCUUUUAAAUGCAGUUAAGUCAAUGCAGGAAAAGACAGUUAUGUUUCAACAAGAGAGAGACCAAGUCAUGUUGGCCCUGAAACAGAAACAAAUGGAAAACACUGCUGUACAGAAUGAGGUUCAACAUUUACGUGACAAAGAAUUACGCUUAAACCAGGAGCUAGAGAGAUUGCGUAACCAUCUUUUAGAAUCAGAAGAUUCUUAUACCCGUGAAGCUUUGGCUGCAGAAGACAGAGAGGCGAAACUAAGAAAGAAAGUCACAAUAUUAGAGGAAAAGCUAGUUUCAUCCUCCAAUGCAAUGGAAAAUGCAAGCCAUCAAGCCAAUUUACAGGUAGAGUCGUUGCAGGAACAGUUGAAUGUGGUAUCCAAGCAAAGGGAUGAAACUGCACAACAGCUUUCCGUGUCUCAGGAACAAGUGAAGCAGUAUGCGCUGUCACUCUCCAACCUCCAGAUGGUCCUGGAGCACUUCCAGCAAGAGGAAAAAGCUAUGUAUUCUGCUGAACUAGAAAAGCACAAACAACUUAUUGCUGAAUGGAAGAAAAAAGCAGAAAAUCUGGAAGGAAAACUUGUGUCAUUACAGGAACGUUUGGAUGAAGCAAAUGCUGCAUUAGAUUCGGCAUCAAGACUUACAGAACAGUUAGAUUUAAAGGAAGAACAAAUUGAAGAACUUAAGAAACAAAAUGAGCUCCAACAAGAAAUGCUGGAUGAUGUACAAAAGAAAAUGAUGAAUUUAGUAAAUAGCACAGAAGGAAAAGUGGACAAAGUCCUGAUGAGAAACCUCUUCACUGGACACUUCCACACACCAAAACAUCAGCGUCAUGAAGUGUUACGAUUAAUGGGAAGCAUUCUAGGCAUCAAAAAGGAGGAAAUGGAUCAGUUGUUGACUGAAGACCAGGGCGGUGUUACCAGGUGGAUGACUGGGUGGCUUGGAGGAGGAUCGAAGAGUGUUCCCAGCACACCUCUGAGACCAAGUCAGCAGUCUCUGCUUAAUAGUUCUUUUUCAGAACUUUUUGUUAAAUUUCUAGAAACAGAAUCUCAUCCAUCUGUUCCACCACCCAAGCUUUCUGUUCAUGAUAUGAAACCUCUAGAUUCACCAGGAAGGAGAAAACCAGAUACAAGUACACCAGAAAGUUUUAAAGAUACAGCGGAAUUCAGGGCUGGUAGAAGAACAGAUGUGAAUCCGUUCCUGGCUCCCCGCUCUGCAGCUGUGCCUCUCCUUAACCCAGCUGGACUUGGACCUGGCGGACCUGGGCAUCUCCUUUUGAAACCCAUCUCCGACGUUCUGCCCACGUUUACGCCUUUGCCGGUGUCGCCUGACAACAGUGCUGGAGUUGUGCUGAAAGACCUUUUAAAGCAAUAGAUUAUCCUCAAGCCAGAGCUGACAUAUAUCGCACUUUAAAGAAACAAACCGUCAACACUAUGUACAUACUUUAUCACUAAGUGGCCUUUUGGAAGAAGUCAUGUAUUUGUUUGCAGUUAUACUUUCUCUAAAUUUAAUACUAAUAUUCUUAAUGCUUUUAGAAAUCGCACGAGUUAAAGGAGGAAGUGUUUGCUAUCUUAUCUCCUUUUUUCCCCCUGUCUCAUUUGACCUAACUUAAGCUAGAAACAUUCUUUUUAAUUUUAAUUUACAAAAGUAAGAAAAAUAAAAAGAAAGACAAAAAUACUAGUAGCUAUAUAUCAGUUCUUUCCUUUUCAAGCUCAUUUAAACUAGAGACGUAUAGUUAUCUUUUAAAGAUAAUCAGUAGAUUUACCAAAAAAAGGGGGGGAAGAAGAAAAUAGUAGUGGCUUAUCCACAUAGUGUAAAAAUUGAUCUAAAGCAUAUUAUUUAUCUUUAGGCCAAGAACAAGGUUGUCCCUGGGAGGUGACAGGUGUCCUGAGGUAGAAGUCGUGUUGCUUGGCUCUCUGCAGCUUCAUCGUGUGUGUAGACUGAGCACAGAGAGCACACAGUUUCAUCCGGGAGCCCCCCGCCCCGCUUUCACACUCAUAGCCGCCGUCGUCCCUCCCGGCUCCUGCCCUUCUGGCACCCUCACAGUGCUCCUCUGUAAUUUUGUCACUUCAAGAGUGCCAUCCACUGGAAUCGUGCAGUGUAACCUUUGGAGAUGGCCUUUUUUCACUCACCAUAAUUCCCUUGAGAUCCUUCUACGUUGCUGAACCUAUCAGAUGCUUCGUCCUUUUCACUGUUAAGUACAUGUUGUCACUGUAUGGUUUCGCUUUAAGAGCUAAAGUGUCUCAUUAAAGAUAACCAUCUUAAAACAAAAUGUUUCCACAACCCUACUCACAACUUUGAUCUAAGUGUUAAAUUGUACAGCUGCAUUUACAGAACUAUAAUCAGCAAUAUCCCUAGAUACACCACCUCCUGCCUCUACCUGAGGUGUUGACGUGAGAGGGACGGCCACCCAGGGGUCGUCGUUGUCUGCACAGUCACCAGGGCAGUGAGUUACUUGGACAGCACCGGCACCGGGUGUUUGGAACGUAACGGUGAGGGAGUAUCCCUUUAAUUCUUUUAUAAACCCCUCAUAAAAAUCCUGACUUGGAAUUUAGUUAUAUCAGGAUGUUCAUGUUUGUAUUAGUUGUUGAAGUUGUACAUUUAAAGACAUUUCUUUGCAGAUUUUGAAAAUUUCAACAUGCCUUUAAAAUAGAAACAUCUGUAUAAUAAGGAAAGAUGAAAAUGAUACUAAUCCAAAUAUGUAAAUAGGCCUGGCUCUGGCCAGGGCUAAAUUUGGUCGUUUGUAAAUUUUGCUGUGAUUAACUGUAUACUUUUGUACUGUAUCUAGAGGAUUGGAAGUCAUUAUGUGUUGCUAGAUAAAGCUUGUUUUUCUGGAAAAUCUAGUAACUUAGACAUUGCUGCUUCAGAACUUCCCCUGUCUCCUUGGCUAACUUAUUUAUAUUGCCAUUCUUUAUUUAGUAUACUUUAAAGGAAGUUGUCAUACCAGUUCUAUAUUAGAACUAUCAAACUGCCUCCUGUCUGUUUUGUCCACUAUUAUUUCUCUAUGAAAUGAUUAUUCUUAGGUUUUAUAAGGUUCUUUCAAAGAUACUUUCACUGACUACCCUAAAUUAUUUGCUGCUUGCCAUUGAAUUUUCAUGUCAGUGUGGAGCAUCUGAAAUAAAAGUUUUCUCAGUUUAAAAAAAAAAA